GACAUCACCACUUAGCAGUUCAUGCAGCUCACAAGUGGUUUGUUCUUAGGGUAACAGAGGAGGAAAUUGCUCCGUGUCUGAUAAGACAACAGUGAAGAAAGGACGCAUGCUGUGUCUUAGGGAUACGGCUCGUUUCCAGAUAUGACCAUGUACUUGUGGCUUAAACUUCUGGCAUUUGGCUUUGCCUUUCUGGACACGGAAAUGUUUGGUGAAGGUGUUACAUCCCAGACGCCUCACCUUCCCAUGCACUCGCAGAAGCCCUCUGACGACGCUGGCACGCAGACAUACAGCAGCCCCGCUGCCCUUACCGCACUCACGCCUGCCCCGGGCAGGAAUGAAACCUCAGCUUCCUCUGAUGCACCCCCUGUGUCAUCCACUCUGAGCACUGCAGCAAGCACUGUCCUGUCAACCACAACAGCUUCUACUCCUAUGAUAUCCUGUGAGAGCAAAUAUGCAGACAUCUCUGUGGAUUACAACUAUGAUAGUACAAAGAAAUCAUUUACAGCAAAGCUUAAUGUUAAUGACAAAGUGGAAUGUAGUGGAUUUGUGAACUGUACAAACAAUGAGUUCCAUAACCUACAACAAUGCACAAGCUUCACUGUUAAUAUAACUCAUCACACAUGUGCUGGCCCACCUAAACAGUUAACGUUAGAUGUCCUACCAGAGCCUGGAAAUUUUCAAUUAGUUAACUGUACAAAACCUGAAAAAGCAAAUACUACUAUUUGUGUAAAAUGGGAAAAAAAUGAAACCAUUGAUGAUUGUGAUGAAAAUAAAUUUACAUACAGCUUUCAAUGUGGUAAUGAGACAUAUAAAGAAAAAGAAAUAACAAUAUCAGAUCUUCAACCUGAACAAGAUUAUCGUUGUUCUGCAGAAGUAUUUUAUAAUCAGAAAACGUAUACAGAUGCACAGAAAACUAUUCGAACAGAUGUUGGAAUUCCAGAAAAGCCUCUGAAUUUUGCCUGUCAGAAUAUAAAUGCAGAGAGCGUCCACAUAUCCUGGAGUCCCCUUCAAAAUAAAUUUGAUGGUUUUAUUCUCUGUUAUCAGAACAAGUCAGAAAAAAACAAGGAAAAGUGCUUCGAUCCGAAUACGAAUGGGGACAGAUAUGAUUUGGAAAAUUUGAAACCUUUCACAGACUAUUCUGUGUCAUUACUGGCCUACAACGAAGGGAAAGUGAGGCGUCACGGACCGGCUAGCACGUGUGAAUUUAAAACAAAUGCAUCACAGCCAAGUGAAGUCCAGAACAUAAUGAUCAAACGGACUUCAGAUAAUAGUAUGCUUAUCCAGUGUAAACCUCCCCGUGACCUGAAUGGUCCGGAAGCACGUUACCAUUUGGAAGUGAUACUUGGUGAUGCUUCAUUUCCUAAGACCAACAAAACCUGCUAUUUCCAUGUAGAAAAUCUUCAAUAUUCUACAAACUAUACAUUUAAGGUCUAUUUUAACAAUGGGAAUUUUGAUGGAGAGCCAGUCAUUCGAAAUCAGUCAACAUCUUAUAAUUCUAAAGCACUUAUAGGAUUUCUGGCAUUUCUGAUUGUUGUGACAACAAUAGCCCUGCUGGCAGUUCUCUAUAAAAUCUAUGAUCUGCAUAAGAAAAGAUCCUGCAACUUAGAUGAGCACCAGGAACUUGUUGAAAGAGAUGAUGAAAAACAACUGAUGAAUGUGGAGCCAAUUCAUGCAGAUGUUUUGUUGGAAACUUACAAAAGAAAGAUUGCUGAUGAAGGAAGACUUUUCCUGGCUGAAUUUCAGAGCAUUCCAAGGGUAUUCAGCAAGUUUCCUAUCAAAGAUGCUCGAAAACCCUUUAAUCAGAACAAAAACCGUUAUGUUGACAUCCUGCCUUAUGAUUAUAACCGUGUUGAACUCUCUGAGAUAAACGGAGAUGCAGGGUCAAACUACAUAAAUGCCAGCUAUAUUGAUGGUUUCAAAGAACCCAAGAAAUACAUUGCUGCACAAGGCCCCAGAGAUGAAACUGUUGAUGAUUUCUGGAGGAUGAUCUGGGAACAGAAAGCCACAGUUAUUGUCAUGGUAACUCGAUGUGAAGAAGGAAACAGGAACAAGUGUGCGGAAUACUGGCCUUCGAUGGAAGAAGGCACUCGGACCUUUGGAGAUGUUGUGGUGAAGAUUAAUGAACACAAAAGGUGUCCAGAUUAUAUCAUUCAAAAAUUGAACGUUACCAACAAAAAAGAAAAAGCAACUGGAAGAGAAGUGACUCACAUUCAGUUCACCAGCUGGCCAGACCACGGAGUUCCGGACGAUCCCCACCUGCUGCUGAAGCUGAGAAGGAGAGUGAAUGCUUUCAGCAACUUCUUCAGCGGGCCUGUGGUGGUGCAUUGCAGUGCUGGUGUUGGGCGCACAGGCACCUACAUUGGAAUUGACGCCAUGCUGGAAGGCCUGGAAGCUGAGAACAAAGUGGAUGUCUAUGGUUAUGUCGUCAAGCUGAGGCGACAGAGAUGCCUGAUGGUGCAAGUGGAGGCACAGUACAUCUUGAUCCAUCAGGCCUUAGUGGAAUAUAAUCAGUUUGGAGAAACAGAAGUGAGCUUGUCCGAACUGCAUCCCUAUCUACAAAAUAUGAAGAAAAGAGACCCACCGAGUGAGCCGUCUCCACUGGAGGCUGAAUUCCAGAGACUUCCUUCAUAUAGGAGCUGGAGGACACAGCACAUUGGAAAUCAAGAAGAAAAUAAAAAUAAAAACAGGAGUUCUAAUGUCAUUCCCUAUGACUUUAACAGAGUGCCACUGAAACAUGAACUUGAAAUGAGCAAAGAGAGUGAGCAUGAUUCAGAUGACUCCUCUGAUGAUGACAGUGACUCAGAGGAAACCAGCAAGUACAUCAAUGCAUCUUUUAUAAUGAGUUACUGGAAACCUGAAGUGAUGAUUGCUGCCCAGGGACCACUAAAAGAAACCAUUAGUGAUUUUUGGCAGAUGAUCUUUCAAAGAAAAGUCAAAGUUAUUAUCAUGCUGACAGAGCUGAAGCAGGGAGAGCAGGAAAUCUGCGCUCAGUACUGGGGAGAAGGAAUGCAAACAUACGGAGAUAUAGAAGUUGAUAUGAAAGACACAAACAAAUCUUCAGCUUAUACCUUCCGUGUCUUUGAACUGAGACAUUCCAAGAGGAAAGAUACUCGAACCGUGUACCAGUACCAGUAUACGAACUGGAAUGUGGAACAGCUUCCUGCAGAACCCAAAGAAUUAAUGUCUAUGAUUCAGAUCCUCAAACAAAAACUUCCCAAGAAAACUCCCAGUGAAGGGAAUAGGCAUCACAAGAGCGCACCUCUCCUCAUUCACUGCAGAGAUGGAUCUCAGCAAACAGGAAUAGUCUGUGCUUUGCUAAAUCUCUUGGAAAGUGCAGAGACAGAAGAGAUGGUGGAUGUUUUUCAAGUAGUAAAAGCUCUACGCAAAGCGAGACCGGGCAUGGUUUCCGUGUUUGAGCAAUACCAAUUCCUGUAUGAUACCAUGGCCAGCACCUACCCUGCCCAGAAUGGCCAAGUAAAGAAAAACAACGAUCAGGAAGAUAAAAUUGAGUUUGAUAACGAAGUGGACAAAGGGACGCAGGCUGCCAAUUGUGUUACUCCGCCUGGCGCCCCAGAUAAGGUCCAUGAAGGAAGCAAGGAGGCUGAGAGCUCUGAACCCACGGGCGGCCCCGAGGGGCCAGAACAUUCUGCCAACGGCCCUGCGAGUCCAGCCUUAACUCACAGUACAUAGGAAAAGAUAUGAAUGGGCAUCUCAAAACGUAUUUGUUAGUUCUGUUUUUCUAGAAUUAGGAGAGGGAAAAUAGGUAGGCAGUAAUUAAUGAAGUACAUUGAACUGAUAUUUGUGAAGUUUCUCUUUUACUACUCCAGAAAAAUAUUUAAGGAAGUCGGGCUCUAACCUAUUGUACAGUCCUGUGCUCAUUUUAAAAUGGCAUCUAUCAUUUAGCAAAACUAGCUUAGCUUCACAUGUGUGUUCAGGGGAGUAUGUGUGUACGUACGUGCGAGAGCGAGAGAGACAGAAAGAAAGAGAAUACUUUCUUGUGAAUCUAACCUCUCUUGGUAAAAUUUGCCUUUUUGAUUUUCUGAAAAAAAUAAAGACAUUUUAUACUGGAA